AUCUUUGCAUUUCCUCCCUGUUUCCCCACCUGAGCCCCAAAUCCAUAGUGACUGGAAAUCAGUGGCUUUGGGCUUACUCAGGAGGCUGCUUGCAGCAGUUGCUGGCCAGAACACCCGACAGGGUUGUUUCUGAGCUUUGCCUCUGUGACUGGGGCUAUUGCACAAGCUCCCCCGAGGGCACACUUGCUGCUUUGGACCUCGGUGGCCCGGCCUCUCCCUGGCGUUCUCAGGCCCGGGAGCGCUCACCUGUCGGUUGCCCCGGGCUCUGCGGUCAGGCGCUGAUUCUCGGCUGCGGGGACACCUGUGCGCUCCUGCAUUUAGGGCUCCUUUGCUCUGGUUUCAUCACGCAGGAUGUCACAUUUUGUGCAUAUUAUUCUUUAGCUCUACUACUUUUCAUUGUAAACAAAAUCAUUUUCUAACCUGCCGUCGUGGCAGGCAGAGUGCAGAGUAUUCCCGGCAGGUGUGGGCCGCGGUGAGGGCUGAGAGCCAAGGGCGCUGGAACCGCUAGUGUGGCCUGACAGCUUCCUCCAUUAUUUGCAGACUGGACUUCCGGCACCACGGCCCCCUGCGACCCUCUUCUGCCUUAGUCCCGUGGGAUCGGGUAGUUCAAGAUUUUGAAUUCAGGGUCUGGUAGACACCGGCAAGUUUGAAAACCUACGGGUCAGAAUGGGGCGGAGGCGUGGGCCCCCUACCCUCUGCCCCCUGCCCCCUCGGAAGCGUGGCCCUCUUCCAGGGGUUGGGACAAGCUGGCCUGCGGACCCGGGGCACCGGCAGGGACCCAACCGCUCCCGGGACCUGGCAUCAGCUGCGCCCCUCGCGGGGUGGCACCGCCCACUUCCGCUUUCCGUGGGCGUGCGCCGCGCAGUCGCAGUCACAGCGCAGAGGUCUUUUGUCCUCCCGGCGUCCCCGUAGUGGCCGUAACCCGAGUGACACGUUUCCUUGGGGGCGUGGAGGAGCGGGGUCGGGGUGGGCCGUCAGCACUUAAAGGGCCCGCCGCUCGGGCGCAGGAGGCGGUGCCUCUGGAGUCAGUGCGGGGCGCGGGAACCCGAGCAGGACUCUCCACUCCUCAGUCACCUUGGAGAAAGAAAUGUGGAUCCUCAGAUUCCAUCUUUCCAACUCCAAGACAAGUGGAACUAGAAAAUAAGGUGCCUGUGUCAGUCUCCCCAGCUCUGCUGUGGUGGGCCCUUAAGAUCACCUCACUGAACCCUCACACUGCCUCAUGAUGUUUAUACAGUUAUUAGCUCCGUUUUACAGAGGCAGAAACUGAGGCCAAGAGGCUAAUUUCCUAAGGCCAGAAGGUGAUAGUAUCCAGACUUGCCCCAGGGCUGACUUCUGAGCCAGCCUGGUACCUAGGGCACACUGCUGCCUCCUUCCACAGUGAGCGUAGGGGACAGGAUUCCAGUGGGAAGGAAGCUCUGAGCGGGCAGCCCAAGCCACCUCUGAGACUCUGUAUCCUGGGCCAGGUGCCAUGGCAGAGAAGGUGCUGGUAACAGGUGGCGCUGGCUACAUUGGCAGCCACACGGUGCUGGAGCUGCUGGAGGCUGGCUACUUGCCCGUGGUCAUCGACAACUUCCAUAACGCCUUCCGUGGAGGGGGCUCCCUGCCUGAGAGCCUGCGGCGGGUCCAGGAGCUGGCAGGCCGCUCUGUGGAGUUUGAGGAGAUGGACAUUUUGGACCAGGGAGCCCUACAGCGUCUCUUCAAAAAGCACAGCUUUAUGGCGGUCAUCCACUUUGCGGGGCUCAAGGCUGUGGGCGAGUCGGUGCAGAAGCCUCUGGAUUAUUACAGAGUUAACCUGACUGGGACCAUCCAGCUUCUGGAGAUCAUGAAGGCCCAUGGGGUGAAGAACCUGGUGUUCAGCAGCUCAGCCACUGUGUACGGGAACCCCCAGUACCUGCCCCUGGACGAGGCCCACCCCACGGGUGGCUGUACCAACCCUUACGGCAAGUCCAAGUUCUUCAUCGAGGAAAUGAUCCGGGACCUGUGCCAGGCAGACAAGACCUGGAACGCACUGCUGCUGCGCUAUUUCAACCCCACAGGUGCCCAUGCCUCUGGCUGCAUCGGCGAGGAUCCUCAGGGCAUACCCAACAACCUCAUGCCUUACAUCUCCCAGGUGGCGAUCGGGCGACGGGAGGCCCUGAAUGUCUUUGGCAAUGACUAUGACACAGAGGAUGGCACAGGCGUCCGGGAUUACAUCCAUGUCGUGGAUCUGGCCAAGGGCCACAUUGCAGCCUUGAGGAAGCUGAAAGAGCAGUGUGGCUGCCGGAUCUACAACCUGGGCACGGGCACAGGCUAUUCAGUGCUGCAGAUGGUCCAAGCUAUGGAGAAGGCCUCUGGGAAGAAGAUCCCGUACAAGGUGGUGGCACGGCGGGAAGGUGAUGUGGCAGCCUGUUACGCCAACCCCAGCCUGGCCCACAAGGAGCUGGGGUGGACAGCAGCCUUAGGACUGGACAGGAUGUGGUCCAAGAGUUCAUCAGGACCCCCAAGAGCGAGUGAGGGGGCAAGGCUCUGGAACAAAACCUCCUCCUCCCAGGCACUCAUUUAUACUGCUCUGAAAGAGCUUUCCAAAGUAUUUAAAAAUAAAAACAAGUUUUCUUACACUGGGGCAGGUUCUCACAGAUGGUCACUAUCCACCCCUGGAAUACAAUCAGCCAGGCCUGAGCACUGAGGAAGCAAUUUCUUUAAUUUUAUCG